GAUUAUAUUAUUCAUUCUCAUUAAUAUAUUUGAUUCUGUGGAGUUUGUAUCACAUUAAAACAUCUGUAGACCUACAUUUUAAUUAACCCUGAUCUCUGCAUGAUGAAUUACAACUUUCCACCACUAGAGGACACUGCAUACUAUUCCUGUCAAUGUGAAGCGUGAACACAGAUAGGUUUUUAUCCAUAGAACCUCCCAAUGAACUGAUAAAUAAAUAUUAACACUUGAUGAUGUGAUAUAUUAAGUCAACACGUGGCAACACUAGUGUGUAGUCAUUUUUGUGAUUACAAACACAAACAUAUUUUAUUUCCCUCUAGGGAUCCAUAAAGUGAUCAAUAAGGUAAUCUAUCUAUCCAUGGAUCUAUACAUUAUGUUUCUUGUUGAUGUUGAUCUAAUUGCUCCACACAUAGGACAAAACACAUCUGAAUAUGUUUACAUGAUCAUAUCUGUUUCAGCUGAUAGUUGAUACACGUAUGUCUCAACUCAAUCAUAUAACCUGUCUACUUAGGUCAGAGCACAUUACUCACACAACCAUCCUUUAAAUUUCCUCCUCAGCAACCUACUAAUUAAGCUCUGACUAGUGAAUGAUAAAUACAUUUGAAUUGAAUUAUACAUAAAGUAUUAUUUGUGAAAACAGAAGUGUUUUCAUGGGAUUGAUGAAAUGAUAACAACAGAAUAGAGAUUAUUAUGUUAUAUUCUUUAAUCCUCAGAGGAACACCUUCCACUAUCCACAUUCCAUUCUAAUGGUCUCUAGUAAACACAUAAGUAACAAUUGUAUUUAGUUAUCAACCCUCAAGCAAUACUUUGCAAAAUAGAAACAUACAGUAUAAUGUAAUUGGAAGUUUUAACAGAGCAUGUUUUACUCAUAACAAGGAACAGUUACUGGCACCGGUCCUAGUCACUACACCCCGCAGUCAUGGUGGCUCCAUUUACCAGGAAACAUAAACAGAACUUGAAACUAUCCUCAACACACAGACGUGAAAAUGGCUCGAACCAAGUAAGAACUUUUAACACAACGCGACUAAAUUAACAACCUAUGAGCCUUUGCACCCAUGCUGUCCAAUCAGAGCGACCUAUCGCUACAAUAUAUAGGUAUUAUUGUAGAGUAAUAUUUCUGUGAUAAACUGCAGUUCAUUUUGUCUCCACACAUUUGUAUCCCUAAUAUGUUGUCAUGUUCGCAGAAUUUGCAUUCCCUUCUUUAUGUUUCACUUUUAUCACAAGUUGGACUUCAUCACAAGUUGGAAUUUGAGGGUGUUUUUGGAAUUCUACUGAGGGGCACAAAAGGGUAUCCCUUGUUCCUGCUGUUAAUACGGACCUGGUAGACGUAUGUAAUUUGAGUGUGUGUGUGCGUGUUUGGGCAUGUGUGUGUGUCUUCCUCCUCCCUCUGACCUAUGUGCUCUUGGCGGACACACAGCUCAUAGUUUUCUCAGAGGGGGCUGUUACAUACACACAUGGAAUGUUCACUUCCUAGUUGCCGUAAAGUAAAAACUGUUACAAUCGGCCUGAGGAAACGCUGCCAAGCUGAGAUAUUGCAGCAUUUCUUCUGCCUCCAGUUGUGAAGGAGAAUGAAGAAAGAGGCAGGUCUGGGUUUGCUGAGGGGAAACUGCUGCACGGAGCCACAUACUUCACCGGGAAAAAUGAAUCUCCUCAAACUCAGACAGAAAUUAGCUGCUCCUGCUUACUUUUAAAGAAGGGAUCUUAAAGGGAGAAUGCUGAGCUUAAGGCUUGUCUACAUUUUCUCAUAUAACCUGUUCCAGUUCUGCGGACAUACAUGGAUACUGGCAAAUACCAUAGCCAGGUACCUCAUGUUUGGCAAAGAUGCCUCUGCAGACACCUUCUACUCUAUUGGCUUCGUGAUGAGUCUGUGCCAGCUGCUCUCCAACCUCGAGCUUUUCCACAUCGCCGAUGGGAUUGAGAAAGCCAGACUCCUUCCUCGUUUCAUCCACGUAAUGGAGAAGAACCUUCUGCUGAUCCUGGUGGUCAUGCUGGAGGAGGUCCAGAGUAAACCGGUCGUGUGUUUCCAGGUCGUGUUGUGGAACAGCUUGGAUCUCUUGCGAUACCCACACGAGCUGCUGCGAGUCAUGGACAAACGCUCAGUCGCCAUGCUGUGGACCCGCUACACCCUCUGGAUCCCCCUGUACAUCCUGUCAGUCGCAACAGAAGGUGUCACCAUAUACCAGGCCCUACCGUACAUCGAGUCAACGGCACUAAACUCGUACAUUCACCAGCCCUUCUUCCUGCUGCUGUACCUGCUUAUCCUCACUCUUGGAGCCUACAUAUUAGUCUGGCAGCUGCUGAAGGAGAGACAACACCAACUGGACAAAUGGAACAAUAAGAAGAAAAGGAGAUGAUGCAUCGAAGAACUGAAAAGGCUAAAGGACAAUUUCAGACUCCAAGAGACUUCUGAAGUUCAGAGGAUAACGAGGACUUGAAAAAUCAAAGUCUGUUACUUUUUUUUUUGAGUUUGAUUUGUUAGAAAUUGUUCAAAGAUGUAAACGCCACCAAAUAAAAUAUGUUCAGUUAUGCUUUUAAUAGAAAUGUUUGACAGAGCACAUUCCUCUCGACAUUGGAAGCCGAGUCCCAGUGGCAGCACAGUUUCUAUCCGAGCUCAAAGUGUGGAGCUGCACUGUGCCUCAAAAUGUUCAAGGCCGUUGCUGUAUCCAUGUCCAACAAGCUCAGGGAGGAGAGAUGCAGCCUCGGCGUUAGAGCUCCCGUACGAUAUUGUGGCUCCUCCGGGCUACCAGCCGUACGCUCGGGUCCACACAGUUUUCUUCUCGAACUCAGCGGAGGACUUCAGGGCCAACAGGGCAGCUGAAACCACAACACAAGGACCCCUGUCAUAAUCAAACAAUGACUUUUACUGUCCAUGCCAAGCAAUGUGUUUCCUACUCUGUUUGAAUUCUCUCUAGAUUUUGUACCAUAACAAACAAAGCUAAAUGUCAGUGUUUCCUCCCGUGUGCAGUUUUACCAUUGAGUUUACAUUCCUCAUCCCAAUUAACCACUGUGUAUCCUGAAGGCAUAACCAACGUGGUGACUACAUUUGUUUGAUGUCAAUCGGUUACUGUUAGUUUGAGUCGACAUUAACAUGUUUAUCUUCAAUUAAAACUUGAUUUUAUUCAUGAA